AUGAAUUCUGAUACCCAACCCGAAACGGCGUCGUUCUGGUGUUACAGUUGCACGCGCUUCGUUAACCUUUCAGAUCACAGUAUCAUCGUUUGUCCACACUGCGAGAGCGGUUUCGUUGAAGAGAUCCAAGCCGGCGAGUCGCCGCAUCACCGACUCAGUCCUUUCCCCGACGACGCUGUUUCUACACGGAGACAAGGGUUUCGCCGCCGAAGACGCGACGCUGGAAGUCGGUCCCCUUUCAAUCCUGUCAUCGUUCUUCGCGGAGCCGGUGAAGAUGGUGCCGAUCAGGAAGGAGGUAGCGCGUUUGAACUGUUUUAUGAUGACGGCGAUGGUUCUGGUCUUCGUCCGUUACCGCCGACAGUUUCGGAGUUUUUGCUUGGAUCUGGAUUUGAUCGGUUGUUGGAGCAGUUUUCGCAGAUCGAGAUGAAUGGAUUUGGACGACCGGAGAAUCCGCCGGCGUCUAAGGCGGCUAUCGAGUCUAUGCCGACCGUUGAGAUCUGUGAGGAACAGGUUAGAUGUGAAAUGCACUGUGCGGUUUGUAAAGAGGAGUUUGAGUUGGGUGUGGAGGCGCGUGAACUACCCUGCAAGCAUAUCUAUCAUUCUGAUUGCAUUCUUCCAUGGCUGUCGGUGAGGAACUCGUGCCCUGUGUGCCGUCACGAGCUUCCUUCUGAUCUUAAUAACCCUUUGGAAUCUAGGGUUUCCGGACAAAUUGAUGAAGAAGCAAUCGGAUUAACAAUAUGGAGGUUACCGGGUGGUGGAUUUGCUGUGGGGAGAUUCUCCGGUGGACGGAGUGCAGGGGAGAGUCAUUUUCCGGUUGUGUACACUGAGAUGGAUGGCGGGCUCAAUGCAAACGGUGCUCCAAGAAGAAUUUCUAGAACAGUUAGGAGUCAUAGGGUUAGGGAAAGUCGAGGAAUUGGAAGAGCUUUUCGUAAUUUCUUCUCAUUCUUUGGGAGAAUCGGUUCUAGGUCAAAUUCUGGUUCUGAGAAUGUUUCUGUGAGUAGAAGCCGUAGCUUAGUGAAUUCAAUGUUCAAUAGAAAUUCGCGCAGACGUAGGAGAACUUUGGAGUUGGAAGAUUGA